AUGGACUACCGCCCCUCUCUUCACUUCCAGCCUCACCUGGCCAGCUUUUGCUAUGGGGACUCUCAGUUGGGGCCCCUGGGGGGCAUCCCCGGGGGAGGCACUCAGGGCCUGGAGGAGGCACUCCCCCCUGCCCGCCACCCCAUUGCAGUAUGCCAGCAGGAAAGCCUCUCCUUUGCUGAGCUUCCAGGCCACUUUGAGCUGGGCCACUGGCCCCUUGAGGUCCCAGCUGCUUCCCGUGGGCUUCUGUGGCCGCUGCCGCUGGGGGCUCAGGACACCAGGGUCCCUGCCAGGAGGCCAGCAGCCUUCGGAGAGGAUGCCCUCAGGGAAUUCCUAGGAGGACCCCAGAGUCCCCAGCAUCCAGAACCCCAGCGUCGCACCAGCCACAGUUUUGAAAAGGAGAAAUCUGCCUGGCGGAAGAUGCGGGUGUAUCAGAGCCAGGAGGCCACGGGGUGCCCCAACACUGAGGAUGCUGCUGCUGUCUUCCCUGAGGUCAGGGCCAAGGUCCCUGAGCCACAUCCUGCUUUGGAAGUGCCACGGACCCUAGCAAUGGCAGUGCCCCCCCGGGCAGGCACCAAAGAGCCAGAGAGGAGACGCUUCUCAGCUUCGGAGUUGAUGAGCCGGCUGCAAUCUGCCCAGAAAAAAGCCACUCUCUCCCUGCGUCUGGCCAAGGGCCUGAGCAAGGACCGAGGGCUCUGGGCUGCCAGGGAAGGGAGAGCCCCUGAGAAGGAGCCAAGCUGCUCGGAGACCAGGGUCAACAGCCUUGAGCCCCCAGCUGUCACUAGUCCUAACGAGAGGGAGGACAGCUGGCCCGGUCCCAGGCCUUACCCACUAGAGGAACCGGCCCCCAAAGCUUGGGCACCUCAUGAGCGGCGCCAGUCACGUUUCCUCCUUAAUUCUGUGCUGUACCAGGAGUAUAGUGACGUGGCCAGUGACCGGGAGCUUCAGCGGCAGAAGUUUGAGGAGGACACCUUGGCAGAGGAGGCUGAGGGGGAGGAGGAGGGCCCUGGGCCGCCCCGGGCCAACCUGUCCCCCAGCAGCUCCUUCCGAGCCCAGCGCUCAGGCCGAGGCUCCACCUUCUCCCUGUGGCAGGACAUCCCCGACGUGCAGAACAGCGGCCUCCUGGCCGUCAUUGGCCUUCAGGAAUGCAAGCUGCAAGAGGCUAAGUUUGAGCUGAUCACGUCAGAGGCCUCCUACAUCCACAGUCUCUCUGUGGCUGUGGGCCACUUCAUGGGCUCUGCUGAGCUGGCUGAGUGUCUGGGGGCCCAAGAGAAGCAGUGGCUGUUCUCCAAGCUGCCUGAGGUCAAGGCCACCAGUGAGAGGUUUCUGCAAGAGCUGGAGCAGCGUCUGGAGGAGGAUAUACUUCGCUUUUGUGUGUGUGACAUCGUCCUGCGUCACUGCCCCGCCUUCCGGCGAGUCUAUCUGCCUUAUGUCACCAAUCAGGCCUACCAAGAACGCACCUACCAGCGACUGCUACUGGAGAACCCCAAGUUUCCCAGCAUUCUGGCCCGUCUGGAAGAAGCCCCUGUUUGCCAGCGCCUGCCUCUUACGUCCUUCCUCAUCUUGCCCUUCCAGAGAAUCACCCGCCUGAAGAUGCUAGUGGAGAAUAUUCUGAAGCGGACUGGGCAAGGCUCACGGGGUGAGGACAUGGCCACCAAGGCCUUCAAUGAACUCAAGAAGCUGGUGCAGGAGUGCAAUGCCAGUGUGCAGUCAAUGAAGAGGACAGAGGAGCUCAUCCAUCUUAACAAGAAGAUCCACUUUGAGAGUAAGAUAUUCCCACUGAUCUCCCAGUCCCGCUGGCUGGUGAGGCAUGGGGAGCUGGUGGAGUUGGCACCCCCUGCCACGCCCACGGCCUCAGCCACCAAGCCCAAGGUCUCCAGCAAAGCCAUCUACCUGCAUGUCUUCAAUGACUGCCUGCUGCUCUCCCGAAGGAAGGAGAUGGGGAAGUUUGCCGUCUUCCUUUAUGCCAGGAUGCCCGAGAUCCAGGUGAUGGACCUCAGUUCCAGGCUCCAAGGAAUCCCAGGCCAGGUCUUUCUCCUCCAGUUCCUUCAUAGCGAGCAGCCCAAGCACCAGCUGCUUCUGAGGGCCCAGACAGAGAGUGAGAAACAGCGGUGGAUCUCAGCCAUGUGCCCAUCCAGUGCCCAGGAGGACAAGGAAGCCCUUAGUGAGAAUGAAGACCUCCCUCAGGUGCAGUGCAUCAGAGCCUACAAGGCUCUGGAACCCGACGAGCUGACCCUGGAGAAGGCGGACAUCCUGGCUGUGAGGACCAGGACCAGUGAUGGGUGGCUGGAGGGAAUCCGCUUGGCAGAUGGUGAGCGGGGGUGGGUGCCCCAGGCCUAUGUGGAUGAGAUCACCAGCCGCAGCGCCCGCCUUCGAAACAUCCGGGAGACCAGGAGGAUCGAGAGCGCCACCAACAAGCUACAGGAAACCGCUGCAUGAUGGACUAGGGAGUGGCCUCCGACUCUGACCUGAGAUGCCCAACAACCCUCCAUCCCAACCCCCACUGGUCUCUGUGCCCUCAACGGCGCCCUCCCCCCAGCCUUUCCUGGAGUCUCCGAGAUAGGGCACCUGCUCUGGCAUGGAGGAGCCUGCCUGGCUGGGACAUGUGGCAGGGCAGGCGACUGGAGGGGCAUAUCUCCCAGCUCCUCAAGGACACCUGGGAUGGAGGGAGCAAUGACUAAUCUGUUAACCUUUCCCGAGGAAGAGGAGGAGAGGAUGUAAAGUGAGCUCAGGGAGGAUGGAGACUGGACGGUGGCCUCCUUUUUGCUCCCUUGGGGCAAAACGCUCUAGUGACCAGCAUGGGGGAGGAUGUGACUGGAACCUGCUGGACUCUUCUUCCCGGACAACCCAGUAAGCAUUAGGCAUUCUGUGUAAUUAAAUUACCUGCCUUUGUUUACUUGGGGUUCAAAGGUGUGGCUUCCUGCCCUGACAGAGGGAAGAGUCAGCUUGCUAAUAACUUGGAAACCAUAGCAGGGGUAGCUAAGGCUCAGGAGCCUGGGGUGGGGGACUUUCAGCGGAAAGGCCUCUUUCCAGAACUCCAUUGAUUGGUGGAAUGAGGUCAGGGUGUGUGAUAAAGCACCACAGCAUCAUAGCACAUCAGACAGGGAAGGGACCUUAUAAAACACGUUAUUUGGAGCCUAGGCCAUUAGAACUAAAUGUGAGGGCUUGAGAUACAUUAGAGCAUUGAAUGUCAGAUCAGAAUGAGACAUUAGAGCAUUGAAUGUCAGAUCAGAACGAGACAUUAGAGCACUGAGGGUCAGAUCAGAACAAGACAUUAAAGUAUUGACUAUUAAAGCUAGAAAAGAAAGGAUCAUGGAUUUCAAGCUGGAAGGGACCUUAGAGGACUUAGAAUCCAACCUAUUCAUUUUAUAGAUGAGGAAACCGAGGCACAGGGAGGUUAAAACACCUGCCCAAAGUUACACAGAUAGUAAGUAUGUGAGUAACUUUUGAACCCCAUUCCUCUGGACUCUGGGACCAAUAUCUUGCUUCUCAAGACUGAGGUUUAGAGCUAGAAGAAACCUUAGAGCAUUGAAUGUCAGGACCAGAAGGGACCUUAGUAUGUUGAAUGUUAGAGCUGGAAGCAGCUUUAGGGGUCAUCUCAUUUAAUCUCCUCCCUUUGAGGAUGUGAAAACUUAGGCUCAGACCAGAAAAAUGACUUGGUAUGAAUGGAAAGAUCACCACUUAGAGCUAAAAGGUGUGAGUUCUGAAUUUGGCUCUUUAAUCUCUGUGCUGUGUGACCUCAGGCAAAUCACUUCACUCUACACCCUGGGCCUUGGUUUCCUUAACUGUAAAAUGAGAAUACUGCCUUA